CCAUCAGGUUAAUUGCAAACAUUUAAAACAUAGAAGAAAGUUAUUCAAAGCUAAAAAAAAGUCAACAUCUGAUUUGUUUUAAGGUCUGAUGGGAAAAUCUCCACACGCAUACAGUAUAGCAGAAACACCAGGUUUCUGUUUAUUUGUGUCAGUCAGCUAGAUUUUCUUAGUUCCUACACAAUACCAUGUUAUGAACACUUCAUAUUUUCUGAGGUCAAUUUUGAAACGUCUCCCGUCAUGCCAUUAUUGGUACCUACGACGUAACUAAUUUAAUUUAAAUAUAAAUUUAGUUCAGAGGUAAAAUCAGAACAAGGGGGACAACCCUUACAAUAUAACAUUCUGAAGUAUAGUUAUUAUAAUUUCUGUAACUCCACAUUACCACACAAACAUUGGUUGGUACGUAAGGCUGUCAUUCAGUGACGAAAACAAAAAUUGUAAAUUGAAGGAAUGUGCUAAAUAAAAAUAACUAAUACUGUUUCUUUCCAUUGAUAAUUUGCUUAGUGAAGCUAGAAGGCAACUGUAUCAUUUUGUAGUAUCACAUUUAAAAUGAAAACCUGCCACCCUAUAUACUCCUAACUUUUCAAAUGUGUUCGCCCCCGAACACAUAUCAAGUCGGUUCUAUCUCCAACGAAACUGAUCAUUCUCCUAUAGUACCUUGCACUUGGAUUGGUCAAUGGUACCAAAUUUUUAGUAAUAGGAAAGAGUAGAGUGCCUCUACCAGGGAUUGAAUAGCUGCGAUGACGUAGCUCUGAACGACGGACGGAAGAUUUCUGACAGAUUGUCGUCGUCAGAACGGAGUGAAGGCAGGAUCUAAUGAAGUGAAAGGUACACAGAAGGAAUCCCAGAUGUGAACCAGUCAAAAAAUAAUAAUUUGGAGAUUGUAAAAUUCCUCUCUAUCAUACAAUGGAGAUAGAUGUGAAACAAAGAUCCAAAGAAUGGUUUCAAGAGAGAAAAAAGGUGGCUCUGACAGCAUCACGAUUUGGGGAAGCCUUAGGGGUUGGCAGAGGACGACCAUUUGAUUUCCUCUGUUAUCUUGUUAACUCAGAGUCAGAAGAUGUCCAAGCUGACGAGGAGGAAUCUGAAGAAAUGGCUAAUAAAAAGCAUGGAAUAGAUACAGAGGCUGUUAUAUUUGAAGCUUACCAGUUGUUAAUGGGAAAUAAUGAAGCACACCAAAUUCGAGAAUCUGGCUUCUGGGUUCCACGGGAAAGUGACAUGUUGAAAGGAUUGGUAGGUGCCACACCAGAUGCAGUUGUGACAAACAAAAUGGGCAAAACCAUUGGUGUUUGUGAAUUCAAAGCUCCAAUACAUAACUUGUUUGGCUAUGGUGAAAAGUGGGGAAGAAUUCCAAGGUAUUACAUGGCACAGAUUCAGGGACAGAUGUACAUGGCAGGAGUACCAUGGUGUGAUUUCAUGGCAGUGUGCACCAAAACUAAAGAGGUUCUCCUCAAACGUGUCUAUUACCAGCCUUCAUAUUGGAUGCAUAUCUCCUCAUGUCUUAGUUCAUUCUGCCAUACACUUAAGGAGGCAAGAGAGAGGAAGAAGUUGAACAAGCCAGUGUAUGACUUUGAAGCUGCCAGGAAGCUUCAAACAAUUCCAUUCCAAAAUAAUUUGUUUCCCAAUGAAGGUCAGAUUCGCAUUGUGAACUUGUUACGGCGUAAUCCAAAAGGAGAAUAUGGUGUGGCAGCAAAUCCAAAUUGUUGGCUUACAUACAGUUUUCUAAUGGGUGUUCCAUAUGUGGUCCCAGCCGUGCUGAAACGCUACAGUGAAUCUCUUAUCGAGGUGAUAGACAGUGAUAUACAAAAGAAGAAAUUGAGAAUGUCCAAAGAUAAAGCUGAUGAAUAGUGUGUGUCUUAACUGCAGCAAGGAAACAUGUCUGAUAAAGCAUUAAUCAAUUUGUUACUGUAGAUUUUCCCUGUAGAAAGGGAGAUAAUUGUGUGACAAUAUGCGAGUACAUGCCUACUAUAUUAUUUAAAACUUUUUGCCUCAACUAUAUGGGAGGGUAAUGUAAUUUAACAGCUUUUCGAAACAUUUUUUUAGGAAAAUUACAAAUUUCAAAAUGGGUUCAAUCGUGUCCUUCAAAAAAAACCUAGGUAAUUUGAAAUAUCUUAUAUCUAGCUGUUAUUUGUUGGUUUUUUUAAAGCAAUUUUGUAGCUUAAUUAAAUCAUUGUGCUGAUCAAAAUAAUGACAUGAUUACUGCGAGUAGUUCAUUUUUUUUUUACAAUCUAUUAAGAUAUUUUGGUAUGGUAUUGGCUUACAGAAAGAUGGUAUUACAGUGUAACAAUAUUUUUCAAGGGCAUAAUUGCAUUGCUAUUUCAUUUAACUUGUCACACUAUGUAUGAUUGUGGAAGAUGGAUCGAGUGUCACAUAUGGAAAUUCGCUGUCUAUAUUGGACUUUCCACUCUUUUCUUUCUUGUUCAUACUAUAAUUUGGACAGUUUGAUUCUUAAUUUAGUGUACUUUGUACAUAUAUAUAUACCUUUAGAUGGGGGUAAACCAUAAACUGCAUUUCCUAAAAACUUGCAUAGUUAUUGCCCUUUUGUUUCCUCGCCUAGACUACUUGAACAAUAAGUAAUUUAAUUACUAUUUCACCUCAACACGAGUAUGUACAUACAUGUAUAAAAAGUAUGAUAAUUAUAUAUAUCAUCAUGGGAAGCCUGGUGUUGCAUAAUAUAUAGAGAUCUGCUAUCAUGCCCCUUUCUUUGAAGAGUCGCAGCAUUUUUUCUCUUGUUAGUGUCAUAAUUAAACAAAUGGGUAAGUUAACGUUGUACACAGGGAAACUUAGAUUAGGGGACUACCUCAUUCUGAAACUUGUCCCUUGCCUUUUACAGUUUAAUUCCCUUUACCUUUUUAUUUGUUUUAAGCUCAUCUGGUCUGAAGUAACAAGGUGAGCUUAUGCCAUACCUAGUGUCCGAUGUCUGACCUUCCAUUAACAAAACCUUGUAAACAUGAGAAACUUGAGUAUAUAUCAACCAAGUUUGAUGAAACUUUGUAUGCAGCCAUAUAUUCAACAAUUUCUUACAGAGUUAUUGUCCUUUGUAUUAAUAUAUGUGCAUAAAACUGACCUAUUGGUAUUUUACUGACUAAUGCAGUACUGUAGCAGCUGUAUGUAUUUUUUGUUGCAUUUGAUGCAAAUGUUUCUGCUGCUGGUAGAUUUUCUGUCAACUGAUGACAACACCAGUUUACUGAGAGUGCAACUUGAUCAUGCUACUUUUUAAAAAACACAGAUUUUGUAUAAACAUUGCAGACUAGAUAUGUUUACAAUGAUGCCUCAUUACCAAUGAUUUGAUACAAAUUAUUUUAAUCUUUCUCAGGUUUGAAAUAUUUCCUGCCAGCAUGAAAUAUGUAUGUGAUGUAUGAAAUUAAAUGCUCAUAUUAAUCUAA